AUGUCAACGGAGUUCAUAGUAAAGGUUGAAGAAUCAAGACCGGAAAGUGAUGGAAAACCAUCAGCAGAGCCUGUUUAUAGGUCCAUUUAUGCCAAAGAUGGCCUCAUGGAUUUGCCUGCUGGAUUAGAGUCUCCUUGGCAGUUCUGGAAAAUGAAUAAGGAGAGGCGUUUUUCAUGCAUUUUGGUUUCGUUUAUGCAUUCUCAGGCUCAGAUCGAAUGUUUUGCUGACGUUUCUCGGGCGCACUCCUUGCGAGCUGGAAGUGAACAUUUUUAUGUAACGAAUGGAUACAUGGAUGAAUUUCUCAUAGAAGAGGUUUAUGAUUCCGCCAUGAGGAUAGGUUCCGCAAUUUGGAGACGCGGUGUCAAUCCUGGAGACCGUUGCGGUAUAUAUGGUUCCAACUGCCCAGAAUGGAUUACUGCUAUGGAGGCUUGCAACAACCAGGCUAUAAAAUAUGUACCACUCUACGACACUUUUGGGCCUUAUGCUGUGGAGUUCAUUAUCAACCAUGCUGAAGUUUCUUUAGCCUUUGUCCAAGAAAGCAAGCUCUCUUCAACAGCAGAAGAAGAUUCAUACUUCUCUUUCCUACCCCUGGCCCAUGUAUAUGGUCAAAUAAUUGAGACCUGUUGCAUCUACAAAGGUGCUUCCUUAGGAUUUUGGCGAGAGGAUGUUAGAUACUUGAUGUAG